AUGAUUCUGUACUGGUUACUCGCGCUGUUUGUGUGUUGUUGUCUACGCUUAUAUGCUAUACUUCCGGAAGGGAAGAAAGUCAUCAGGCGCACUCGCCGUAGAUCAGAGACGUGCAGCCUAGCUGUCUUUCUUGGUUCCGGGGGACAUACGAGCGAAGUCAUUUCUCUCUUGUCUUCGCUAGACUUUUCCCGCUACACUCCUCGGACAUACUACAUCGGCGAGGGAGACACGCUCAGCAUGAAGAAAGCCAUUGUUCUGGAGUCACUUAAAGUUGUCGACUACGCCUCUUCUAGUGUUCAAUCCCUUGUGCCAUAUACUUUUGUUACGCUACCUCGCGCACGUCGCGUUCACCAACCGCUCAUCACGACUCCCAUCACUGCUUUGCGAUCCCUAGCCGUAAGUUCUCAUCGUGAACGGUCCGGGGACGUGCUUCGUCUUAUGUUUAGCUACUUUGUCGGUCUCACACAUCCAGCAUUAAUCUACGUGGAAUCAUUUGCACGUGUCCGUACUUUGUCACUCUCAGGAAAGCUGCUGCGACCCCUUGUCGAUAGAUUCAUUGUGCAAUGGCCAGAUCUCCUGAGGGAUGGAAAGAAGGGGGACUACCGUGGCUGGCUGGUGUAG